AUGGCAGCCUUUCAGAGUUUUUGCAAUCAACAAGUUGCAGGAAACAGUAUUUGGGAAUUGUUUGUCACAUUUUGUGACAACAUUUUCACAAAUAGAAACAUGGCAUAUUCAGAUGUUGAAGAUGCCCUUGAGAAGGUUGCAAAGAUCUUUCCCUACAUCUAUGACAAAGACAUGGUUGCAGAUUUUUAUAGGAAGAAACUCGCAGAUAGGCUUUUGUCCCAUAAAAAUUCACAUGCUGAUUAUGAAAAAAGCAUGUUAUUAAAGCUGAGGUUUGAGUGUGGACGGCAAUUUACAUUUAAAAUGGUGGGCAUGCUUACUGAUAGGGCAUUGGCAGUAAAAAUCCAAUCAAACUUUGAGGAAUACCCCAGUCAGAAUCCUCUUCAUCCAUGUUCUGGAAUAGAAUUCUCUGUUACAGUUUUGACAUCUGGAUUCUGGCCAAGCUAUAGGUCACCUGAAUCACUUCUCCUUCCUGUUGAAAUGGUGAGACAUUUAGAGUCAUUCACAGAGUUCUAUAUCAGAGAAAACAUGAACAGAAGACUAACAUGGAAAUAUUCUCUGGGAACGUGCAUUAUUAUUGGAAGAUUUGACCAAGGUGAAAUUCAAAUAGUUGGAACAACUUUUCAAACAAGUGCACUAUUGUUGUUCAAUGUAGAAGAGAGGUUAAGUUUUUCAGAAGUUAAAUCCCAGUUGAAUUUGGAAGUUCAAGAUACAGUUGCAUUGCUGAAUUCCCUUGCAUGUUCAAAAUACAAAAUUCAGUGUAAAAUUCCAGAUACAGAACCAGUGAUAGAAACCGAUUGUUUUGAAUCCAAUGCAAACUUCUAUAGUAAAAAUAGGAAGAUCCGACUUCCAGCACCCACAGCUAAUGUAAAAGAAAAUGUUGGGAAGGCUGUGUUUCAAGAUAGACAUCACAUAAUUGAUGCUUCGAUUGUAAGAAUUAUGAAGAGCAGAGAAACAUUAGCGCAUAAGGAAUUAGUGAUGCAAUGCAUUGAACAGGUUAAAGACAUGUUCAAGCCAGAUGUGAAACAAGUUAAAAAGAGAAUUGAAAAUCUUAUAGAUAGGAAAUAUUUACAGAGAGAUAAAGAAAAUCCUGAAAUGUACAUUUACUUGCCUUGA